AUGCCUAGUUAUAGCACCGCUAGGGCCUUAGUAUUAAUUACCGCGCGGCGAAUAGAGUUAUUACCUAUAAGCCUCAUAGUAAAUCUUCGCUUUUCUAUAGCUUAUUACUUAUUAAGAAUAUCUCGGGAGUUAUAUUAUAAUAACCUUUAUACUAAGAGACUAAUAUUAAUAGCUAGUCCUUCCUUCCUAGGAUUUAUAGGCACUGGCGAUUAUAAUCCUAAACGUCGGGAUAGUAUUAUUAACGCUAGUAUAAGGGUCCUAUGUCCUAGAGCUGUGCCUGUACCUGCCCCCUCUGUCUCCCCCGCUCCUACUUCCUCCUUCUCCGCCGGUCUAUCAUCCGGUUCCUCCGAGCCUAACUCCGCUAUCGUCCCUAUCCCCAAAGUUGGCGGCUCAUCCUCAAAGGAGGGCAAAAGACCUCGAGUUACCUCUCUCUCGCCCGACCGCCUAUCCACUUUCGACAGACUCGAGAAGAGACAGCGCGUCGAGCAUGAAAGCGAGUAUGAGGACGACGGCAGCGAUAGUGAUUCCGAAGAUGACGGCUGUUCCGAUGUUGUUGAUGUUGCUGAGCUUGAUGAUAUCGAAGACCUCGAGAAGCUCUUGAGUCAGGAUGAAGAUAUCGACCUCAAGGACCUACUCGCCGACGACGAGCCAGAUACUACUGUCGAACCAGACGGCCUUAUCCGCGUGGGACCCCAACCUCUGCAGCCUCAGCAGUUCAUUCGUUCGGUGCCUCGUGGCAAGGCUAGGCAUAUGCUCAGAGAACGACUGAUGGGAGCCCACCACCUGACCGAUCGUCAUCUGCCCGGCUCGAGCUCGACCAUGCUGGAGCAAGAGCGAAACGCCAUGCUGGAGAGCCUCAUGAUCGGUCCUCACACCCCGUCAAUUGAAUCUGUCUACCCCUUCGUCGCCUCGGGAGGCCGCAUCGACUACCACGCCCGGCCCAACGUUUAUCUCGUCAAGGCGGCCAUCAACUUCGCCAAGCGAACCCAUGCUCCGAUCGUGCCGCCUCUUGCCGCCGCCUGGAUGAAUAUUCACGAUGAGCCGAACUUCGAGGAGCGCCAAGCCCAGUGGUUAUGGGUCUAUAACUCGGUCACUAACGCCGCCACCCUCGAAAAGAUAUUCGGCUUGAUGUUCAAGCACGUGGACCAGUCGAAUAUGUGGUCAAAGUGGAGUCUCGCUAAGCUGAGAAGUAUAUUGGAGACACUGCGCACUGGCACUAAGACUACCGAGGUUACCCAGGCGCUAUCUUAA